AUGCUGCCGGGCCUCGCCGAGCCGAGCCGAACGGUGCCGAGUGGAGUCGAGUCGAGUGGAACCGAGUCGAGUCGGGUCGAAACGAGCCGAGCCGAAAUGAACCGAACCGAACCGCGCCGCGCCGGGCCGGCCGCCUCAAUCAGCCCGGGCAGUCCGGGUACCGCGGGCGGACUGAGUCACCGGAGCGGACCGAACCGGACCGGACUGGCUGCCCAGUGCCCGCAGGCUCAGGUUGACUACAAACUUGAUGUUAAUCAAAUCCUGUGUAAUGCUGAUGCAGUGAAUGAGGGGGAGGACUCCUCACACUCUUCCCCUGCUCCAGGAAGGAGUUCCUGCUGCAGGACACAGUCCUCCCUGAACUUCUUCAGUGUCAGUCCCUCCCACAGGCCACAGCUCUUCACAAACAGCUCCAGUGUGAGUCCUUUCCACCCCUUCCACAGAGUUCAGUCCUUCAGGAGCAGACUUCUCCAGCAUAGGAUCCCUAUGGGGUCAAAAGUCCUCCAAUCAAACCUGCUCCAGCAUGGGCUGCUCUCUCCAUGGCUCCACAGGUCCUGCCAGAAGCCUGCUAGAGCACAAGCUUCCCACAGGGCCACAACCUCCUUUGGGCAUCCACCUGCUCCAGCCUGGGAACCUCCAUGGGCUGCAGAAGGACAGCCUGCCUCACCAUGGUCUUCAUCACAAGCUGCAGGGGGAUCUGCAGGGGAACCUCCUCUCCUUCUUCAGGGACCUUGAUGUCUGCAGAAUUUUCUCUCCCAUUUAUUCUCACCCCCCUGUCUGGCUGCAGUUGCCAUUGUGCAGUGGCCUUGUCCCCUUCUUAAAAAUGUCAUCACUGGCUUGGCCUUGGCCAGCAGCAGGUCUGUCUCAGAGUCAGAUGGAAUUUGCUCUGUUGAACACAGCAGAAGCUUCUAGCAAUUUCUCACAGAAGAGAAAUUUUAGCCCUUUAGCCCUUCCACCACCACAACCUUGACAGGCAAACCCAGUUCAGUAGUUAGGACUAAACAGCACUGAAGUAUAACUGAAUGCUACAUAAACCCAUAUAUUCUAUUUCAAGUUACUUGGGUUUGUUAACAUAAAAGGAAAAAAUACACAUUAUUAGUAAAGCAGGGUUUCUUAAGUUCUAAAUUGGAAAGUUGUAGCACCUCAGUGUAAUACUUUGGUUAUGGUUGAGUUU